AUGAGCGGUAUGAAUGUACAACACGCAGUUAUAAUCUGCUUCCUAGCGAGGGUAUUCGGCGUGACGUCACCCGAAGCAGCUAAGUUCAGUUUAAGCUCAUUGUAUGACGCGGCGCUGCCUGUCCUGCAUCCCAUCAUUGCCGCAGGCUCCGAUAAAUUGUCACCCGAAGCGGCCAAGUUCAGUCUAAGCUCAUUGUAUGACGCGGCGCUGCCUGUCCUACAUCCCAUCAUUGCCGCUGGCUCUGAUAAAUGCGGCACAUUAAAAAGUUUCCUAGGCAUAACCUACGAGCAAAUGCAAGAAAAAAACCGCUCGAACUACCAAGAAAUAUCCAUAGACUACAUCACUAAGAACGGGAACGUCAAAUACAAUAUAACGGCUUCGAAAAGGCUUAACAGGCUUAUGUCCAGUGCUGAAACAGUCGUGGUGCUUAUUCAUGGAUUUUUGGAGAGUUCUGAUGGAUGGAUGGUGAAUGCCUUGGCUCCGGAGUACCUGAAGAAGUCGGGGUAUAAGGUUAUAGCCUUAGAUGGAAGGCGAGCGAUAUCCUUUGAAUAUUUCAGCGCGUCGACACACGCCAGGUUCAUCGGGGAGAAACUGGGAAACUUCCUGAGCGAACUCGUGCAAAAUGGCCAAGACCCUUCAAAACUGAUUCUAAUCGGGCACAGUCUCGGCGCCCACAUUGCAGGCGUGGCAGGCAAACGACUACGACAGAACACAGGCCAGCAGGCAUCAAGGAUUACAGGCUUAGAUCCUGCUGGGCCCUGCUUCAGUAAUGUGGACAUUGGAGCCCGAUUAGACAAAGGAGACGCGGCGUAUGUUGAAGUUGUACACACGAAUGCUGGAAUGCUGGGGAUAAAAGAUCCUGUAGGACACAAAGACUUCUACCCCAACGGCGGUAUGACGCAGCCUGGCUGCCUAUUAGCCACAUGUGACCACACACGGGCUUGGGAGCUCUUUGCAGAGGCCAUCAACGCGCACGAGAGUUUCCCUGCCCGCAAAUGCGAAAACCGCACACUGUUCCAAAACGGAGUAUGUGCCAGUAACGAAGUAGCUUACAUGGGCAACAGUGCCGGCAGUCCUGGCCAGUAUUACUUCAACACGGCGGCUGGUUCGCCCUUUGGGCUCAAGGCGGCUGGCAGUGGGAUUAAGUGA